AUGCCAUUGUCGGCUCUAUCGGGAAGCAACCCCGAACAGUCCAUGGCAGUAAUUGUCAUAAAGGCGAAGGAGAUGGAAUUAGCACUGGGACACCUGGACCAGCACAAGGCCGCGGGUCCAACCGGGCUGCAUCCAGCCAUCUUGCGAUCCCUAGCUGGCAGUGUGCACUGGCUUAAGUUUCCAAUCGAUCCCUUGCCUCAGCGACGCUACCGUUCGACUGGACCGCAGCAAAAGUGUUGCCAAUCCAUAAUGAUAGAUCAAGAUCAGCUGCUUCUAACUACCGACCAGUAA